AUAGACGGGCAGAUACAUAUCAUGGCAGGAGAGAAGCUGCCUCCUGAGACAGCGACAUCUUCUUCAGUUCCCUCCGGCCAGACUUAGACGUUCCAAACUGCCUCAGGAUGGCAACUUCCUCCGCCGCGGGAGACCGCAAAGAUGCUCAGAUCGACAUUGAUGACCUUGAAUUGCAGGCUCAGGGUUAUACCCGGGCUAUGCCACGACGAUUCUCUCUUCUCUCCCUCAUAUCGAUGUCUUAUGCCCUCCUCGCAACCUGGAACGGCUUUGGCAGUGCUUUCGGUACCGGUUUUACCGAGGCCUCUUCCGCGGGUUCCAUCUGGACUCUUGCCAUCGCCGCAGUCAUGACUGCAGUCACAGGCAUCGGCAUGGCCGAGCUGUCCAGCGCAUUCCCUGUUGCCGGUGCUCAAUACUACUGGUCCUAUGUGGUAUCCACACCUGAAUGGGCACCCUUUGCGUCAUACAUAUCUGCGGGAAUCAGCACUUUGGGAUGGUGGCUCGGUCUUGCCAGCGUGACAAACUUCAUUGCGGCGAUGAUUACUGGAAUCGCCGUUCUCAAUUAUCCAGACUAUGUCAUCGAACGGUGGCAUAUCUGGCUGGUCUUUGUUUUGGUUACCUGGUUAGCCGUUGCGAUGAAUGUGUUUGCGACAAAAUGGCUUCCUAUGUGGAACAAAUUUAUUCUUUACUUCUCGGCAACGGCCCUAACUGUUACAAUAAUCACGAUACUUGCAUGUGCCGCUCCCAACUACCAAUCCGCGAAAUUUGUCUUCUCCGAUAUAACAAAUUCAACUGGCUGGCCAAACGAUGGGCUUGCCUUUCUUCUCGCAGUUGUGAAUGCUCUAUAUGGCUUCCUUGGGGUCGAUUGCGGCGCCCAUUUAUGUGAAGAAAUCCCUAAUCCGACUGUCAAUGUACCGAAAGUUAUUAUGUACCCAGUUAUCAUGGGAUUUGUGACUUCUUUUCCAUAUGCGAUCUCGCUGUCAUUUGUGAUUACCGACUUUGAGAGCGUUAUUUCCACUCCGACCGGCCUUCCUCUGAUCGAAGUCUACUAUCAAGCCACAGGGAGCAAAGCCGGCACUUCGGUCCUCAUGGUGGCGUUUGCGAUCUGCUUUUUCGGCUGCGCCACUGCAAACAUCACCAGCGCAAGUCGCCAAAUGUGGUCAGCAUCACGAGACAACUGUUUCCCUCUGUCAAGAUAUUGGAAGCAAGUCCACCCCCGAUGGCAGAUGCCGCUAAAUGCAGCAUGCCUCCAAGCAACACUCGUCUCGCUGUACGGUCUGAUCUUCUUGGGUUCUUCAGCCGCGUUUUCUUCCAUGGUUGGGGCAUGCAUCGUAUUUAUGACGACGUCAUAUGUUGUUCCUCAAGGGAUCUUGGCCUGGCGUGGACGGGAUAAGAUUCUCCCGCCUCGACAAUUGGAUCUGGGGAAGUGGGGUCUUCCGCUGAACGUGCUUGCUUGCGUCUGGGUGAUCUUCAUCGACAUCAUCUACUGCAUUCCUGCCUCAUAUCCUGUUACACUGGAGAACAUGAACUGGAUCAGCGUGGUGACGGUCGGUCUGGUUUCGUUCCUCCUAAUUGCUUGGUUCACAAGCCAGCGACAUGUUUUCAAAGGGCCCAACAUCAACUUCGAACUUCUUCAGGCUGCUCGCCAUGAUGAGCUCCUCGGCCAUCGAACCAUUGAAGGAAUUUCAGUUGGAGAUGAUAAUGAGAUCAUGGAAGCACUUAGGCAGCGCUCGAUAUCCGAAGCCAAGAAGGUGUAGAAGUGUGUAUCCGGGGUUGUAGAUUGGUGUCUCAGUCGAAGAUGGAACUCUUUUGGCAACAAAAUAGUCCCUGUCGGAAUUCGUAGGGUCUGAUAUCUCGCGC